UGCUCAACGACAAUCACCAACCCCCGUCAUCCUCUUUGUCAAAUCGCAUUCUUUUAUAGUCAACAAAGUUUUCUCUCGUAGCUUUCUAGAACAUGGCGGAUCAAUUGUCUGAAGAACAAAUAUCUGAAUUCAAGGAAGCUUUCUCUUUGUUUGACAAAGAUGGCGAUGGCACGAUCACUACCAAAGAGCUCGGCACUGUGAUGCGCUCGCUAGGUCAAAAUCCUACCGAAGCUGAGCUACAGGAUAUGAUCAACGAGGUUGACGCUGAUGGGAAUGGUACCAUCGACUUCCCAGAGUUCCUUACAAUGAUGGCGCGCAAAAUGCGUGAUACCGACAGCGAGGAAGAGAUUAAAGAGGCAUUUAAAGUAUUCGAUAAGGACGGGAACGGCUAUAUCAACGCUGCCGAGCUGAGACAUGUCAUGACGAACCUGGGCGAGAAAUUGACUGACGCUGAGGUCGAUGAAAUGAUUCGUGAAGCAGACGUCGAUGGCGAUGGCCAGAUCAAUUACGAUGAAUUUGUGAAGAUGAUGUUAUCGAAAUGAUGUGGAAUGCGUCCUGUACAAUAAACUUAGCAUUCUACUUACUCUACCCAAGUGACUCGGUCUGCAGAAAUAGUUGCAUGUUCAACGUUCAAUUGCUACAUAAUGUCAACCAGGAUUUCUCAUCUU